AUGGCUUCUCCAAGCUCCUCCACCACGCCAGCAGCUCUGAAUGCUCUGUCAGACACAGCUGUCGCCUUGAUGCGGCAGUUGGAGGCUGUCCUCCAGAACAUCAACAGUGGCAAAGACACCCCCCAGCGGUCUGAUACCUCCUCCGUCGAUGCCUUCGCCCUCGCCCGUGAUUCAGCCUCGCUGAUCAAGGCGCACUCGACCAAGAUCUCCGUCCUCAUUAUCAACGAACCCUUCACACCCUCGGCCAUCAUCAAAGUCCUCCGAGAACUCGUUAGCGGCCCGAUUCCCGGCAUCGCCACUGCGGGCCAGGCUUGUGAUGCAGACCGAUACACCACCACUGUGCGGAAGGACUUGGCUUGGAAAUGCUACACGGUAUUAAAGGAGCUUCGGGGCCUGGUUGAAAAGAUACCCAGGGAUGGCAAGAUUCUGUCAACAGCGCAAAAGUCAGGCUCCACGGGUACAGCUGGCAAGGGCAGCAUGGCCGCCACCGGUGUCAUUUGGUCGGCCUGCGACGAUUUGGUGCAAUUCUCCACCGGCGGUAUCGGUGGCUGCUUCAUCAAAAAGGUUGAAGAGUUCAGGGCGACACUAAAGGAUGUCAUGGAGGAGCUGAAGGAGUGGGGCGAUGAGGAGCCGGAAGACGACGAAGACGACGACGACGACGACGAUGAUGCCGUGAACGAGGUGGACCACGACUCGGCCCUGGGCUCCAUGAUGCCCUCAACGCAGGAGAUGAUCGACGACAUGAUGUCGAACCAGGGGACGAUUCCUCGCGACGACCCCGACAAGAUCCGCGAGCGUCUUGAGUCUUGUCUGAAGCGCGUCCGGCUGACAACGCUACUCUACCAAGCCAUCAUCAAGCGACGGCUCAAGACACUACCCUCCCUUCCGGCCGAGACUUCUGAUAUCCCCAAGCGCCUUGACGAGUCGAUGCGGGUCCUCAAGAAACUUCCGCACAUGUUCGACGAGCUUGCCGGCGCAUUCUACGAACUCUCACCUGACGAAAUAGAUCGAGUAAUGAACCUGUGCUUCGAUGAGAUUGUUGGGCUUUCGGAGCUUUUGAAGACACCCUGGACUGGCGAAAGCGACGAGUUUUCUCAGUGGGUUGGCAAGUUCCAGGCUGAAAUCAAGAAGGGCUGA